GCGCCGCUCCUCGCGCUUUUCGUGACGUCACCUGAUUUGGCCUCUCUCUCUCCUCACCAUGCAGCACCGUCCCGGCGUCCAAGUGGCCGACUUGCAGGAGGUGCUGGACAACGGAGUGGACCUGCUGCUCAUCGGUCGAGGCAUGGACAUGGCCCUGCAGGUUCCAGCGUCCACGGUGGACCAGGUGACUGCGACGGGCGUCCAAGUGCGGGUCCUGCAGACGGAGGCGGCGGUGGCCGAGUUCAACCGCAUGGCCAGAGGCGGAGCUAAUGUCGGCGGAGUCUUCCACUCCACCUGCUGAGAAAAUGUUGCAAAUCAAACGACACGAGUCAGUCAGUCCGGGCUUUAAGUCAGCCCCGGACCAUGGCUCAGCCCCGGACCAUGGCUCAGCCCCGGACCAUGGCUCAGCCCCGGACCAUGGCUCAGCCCCGGACCAUGGCUCAGCCCCGGACCAUGGCUCAGCCCCGGACCAUGGCUCAGCCCCGGACCAUGAGUCAGCCCCGGACCAUGAGUCAGCCCCCGGGUAUUCUGUCACCACGUGUCGCAAAUCAUUGAAAUGAAUGCACAUUGAAUUGCAUUCGUCCAUUCUCGAAACUAAUAUCAUGCCUCAAUAAAAACAUUGUGCAAGCGCA